AAGUGUAGAGUGUAGAUACAGUGUGUUUGGUUCUCGAGUCAGGCCUUUUCCCUUCCCUUACGUUCGGCUAUUUUAAACGUUAUUUAAAGGGAAUUCGAGGAUUUUGACCCGUAAUCUGAUCCUUUUGGUCAAGUACAUUUCCAGGUUUGGAUGUAGAGAAAGAAGUUACUGCUAUGAAACGGGUUGAGGACAGAGGUGGUACACAAACUGCUACAAAGAUUGAAGGAGGAACCUCUGUUUAUCCUGUCCCUGUCCGGAUGCUCCCUGAACUAGCGACAUCAAUGCCGCCCACACAGGGUGUCACUGUAACAGGGCCCCCCAACUACGGAGCUAGAGUGAUCCCCCAACAUGUUGCUGUGUAUAGGGAGGGGGCAACAUUGACCCCCGCCCCCCCUGCCCACUCUGCUCAGCCUAACACAGUUAUUCAUCAGCUAACUGCAGGUCCGAAGCAAGGAGAAACUAUCUGUUUACCAAAUACUCCAGUUUCUGUUCAGUUUUCUAGAGCUGUUGUAACAGGAAAUUCCAUUGUUGCUGUAACUGCGCCAAACGUACAGACAAUGCAACUGCAUCAGCCCGCGCACAUUCUUCAGAAGAGCGCACACACGGCAGCUGUUUUCGGCGGCCAGACGACGGUCCGGACGGUUACACCGGCGCAGGUGCUUCCGACUUCCGGAAAUCCUUCUUUUCAGAGGUUGAAGGUUGAGGACGCUUUGUCCUACCUGGACCAGGUGAAGUUCAAGUUCGGAAACCAGCCUCAGGUCUACAACGACUUCCUUGAUAUUAUGAAGGAAUUCAAAUCCCAGUCGAUAGAUACACCUGGAGUCAUCUCUCGGGUUUCCAUGCUGUUUAAAGGACACCCUGAACUAAUUGUCGGGUUCAAUACCUUCCUCCCUCCUGGAUACAAGAUAGAGGUUCAGACUAAUGAAGCUCAGCAUCCUAGUUUACCAGGACAUGCACAUAUACAUCAGUCAAUGUUUCAGACGAUUGUGCACACACCCCACGGGAUCCACAUGAUGGGGGCCCAGGGUAUGAUGGGCCCCGCCCUCACAACCGCCGCACAGCUUCCACAACGCCCCCUCACCGCCCACCAGCCAACUAAGUACCAGGUCAAAACACUGAACGAUGUUACGCCGAAUCAUCCCCCGCCGAGAACCGAGAUUCUACCCGCCUCUGUAUACGCCUGCCCACCCGCUGUCGUUAGUUUAUCUCAACCUCUUCCUAAUCCUCCGCAUAUAACUCUUAACCCUGCAGUGCCGAGCAUCCCUGUUUCCCUACCCCAGCUGCCCACCCAGCCCCAACCCCCGCACUCGGGGGCUAACCAACAACCUGUUGAGUUUAAUCAUGCCAUCAACUAUGUAAACAAGAUUAAAAACCGGUUCCAAGGUCAGCCUGAUGUAUACAAACAAUUUCUGGAGAUUCUUCACACAUAUCAGAAGGACCAGAGAGCGAUCAAGGAGGGAGGAGCGCCAAAAUCACUACUCACUGAGUCUGAGGUAUACGCCCAGGUUUCCCGACUGUUCCAGAACCAAGAAGAUCUUCUAGCGGAGUUCGGACAGUUUCUCCCGGAGGCCACCAACGACAACUCUACCGAGGCCAUCAUGGUCUCGAGCAAGGGCCUUGCAAAUGACCACUCUUCUGCCACUAAACGUAGUGCACCUAAACCCACGUUAAUACCGCCGAAACCCGCGGCUGAACGCCCGGUAGAACCUUUGAAGCGUCCCAUGCAGCCGGGGCGAAUGCAACCGCCGACUAAAAAGCCUCGACUGGGUGUUCUUAAAGACGUAAGCCUCGCCGAAGCCGGGAAGUACGGAACCCUCACCGAGUUCGCGUUCUUUGACAAGGUGAGGAAGGCGUUGAAGAGCGGAGAAGUUUAUGAAAAUUUCCUGCGGUGUCUGGUCUUGUUCAACCAGGAGGUGGUAACAAGAACAGAACUAGUUUCCCUUGCUACACCAUUUUUAAACAAGAAUCCUGAUCUUCUCCGCUGGUUCAAGGAUUUUGUCGGUUUCAAGGAUGCAGGAGGGUUCAAAGACGGGACCGGAGUUGCAGGAGCUAAGGAGGGAGGGGUUGGAGCUUCUGAACUCCCUACUCCUCCUCUGGCCCAGCCUAGGCAUGAGCGAAUGACUGGAGAUGCUGCCAUGGAAAUAGAUUAUGCCUCGUGUAAACGGUUGGGUGCAUCCUACUGCGCGCUCCCGAAGAACUUCUUGUUGCCAAAGUGCACUGGACGGGGACAAGGGAACACCUUAUGCAAGGAAGUCCUCAACGACACAUGGGUUUCCUUCCCAACCUGGUCCGAGGACUCCCAAUUCGUCUCCAGCAGAAAAACCCAGUUCGAAGAAAACAUCUAUAGGACUGAGGACGAGCGCUUCGAGUUCGAUGUUGUGUUAGAAACGAACCGUGACACGAUAAAAGUGCUCGAGUGUGUUCAGAAGAAAAUGUCUCGAAUGCCACCGGAGGAGGCAGCGAGAUACAGAUUAGAUGACUGUUUAGGGGGAACAAGUCCAACAAUUCAUCAACGCGCAAUUAGACGGAUUUACGGAGACAAAUCCGCGGAUAUUAUCGACGGAUUAAAACGGAACCCUGUUGUUGCCGUCCCACUGGUAAUUCGACGACUGAAAGCAAAGGAUCAAGAAUGGAGGGAAGUACAGAAACAAUUCAAUAAAAUCUGGCGCGAGCAGAACGAGAGAAAUUACUUACGAUCCUUGGACCACCAGGGAAUUAUCUUUAAGCAGAAUGAUAUAAGAACUAUUCGAUCCAAAUCAUUGCUGAACGAGAUCGAGACCUUGUACGACGAGGCGCAUGAGCAAGAGGAGCAGAGCGGUCAGGUGGUAGGUGGACCACACAUCACAUUAUCGUAUUCGGAUAAAUCAAUGUUGGACGAUGCAACUCAGUUGUUGAUUCAUCACGUGAAACGGCAGACCGGGAUACCUAAGGAGGAUAAACAGAAGAUUAAAGUUUUACUCCGACAAACCCUUCCAGAUAUUUUCUACCACUCCAGGAUGGAGAUGAGUGAUGAAGAGGAUGAGGAAGAAGAGGAGGAUGAAGAAGAAGAGGAAGAUGAGGAGGAGAAAGAGAAGAAGAAGGAGAAGAAGGAGCGAGGGAAGGUAAAGGAGAUAGAGAUCAAGGAGGAGGAAGUACAAGAGGAGAUGAAGCAACAUGAGGUUCCUCCUAACAUCAAAGGAGCGUCAAUGGACGACGAGUACACUCUUCUAAUGACCAACAACAACUGGUAUGUCUUCCUCCGCCUUCACUACAUCCUAACCGAACGAUUAGCUAAAAUCUACGACCAGGCGGUAAUCAUUGCCGCCGAAGAUGGCGAUUCCAACCUAGAUCGGAAGGAGAGCACCGCCGCCGCACUCCGACUUAAACCAAAGAACGGAUUAUCCUCGACCGAUUAUUAUCCUACAUUCCUCGACAUGGUCAAAAGUGUCCUUGACGGAAACAUGGAUAACAUCGCAUACGAGGAUACAUUGCGAGAAAUGUUCGGAAUCCAUGCGUUUACCGCAUUUACCCUUGAUAAAGUUAUCGCAAACGCAGUGCGUCAGCUGCAGCAACUCGUCUCGGACGAUACUUGUCAGGACUGCUGGGACCUGUAUGCUGAGGAGAAAAAGAAUGGAGGGACGGGUGGACCGGUUAGUUUAGCUCAGGAUAGAUAUUUUAAUGAACUUCUUUAUCAGAAGAAAGCGGAGAAGCUAUUAACGGAUGAGAACUGCUUCAAAAUAAUCAUGUACCGUGAGAGUGGACGGAUGACAUUAGAACUCCUUGACACUGACAGCGACAGCCGGGGCGGAAGUGACAACGAUGAGGAAGGAGAGACAGAGAACCCCGACAGUUACCUCGACCGAUUCCUUGGCAUGUCGAUCAGCGACGAGGCCCGCAACCAUUUGUCGAAGAAACCGGUUUUUCUGUGUCGCAGUGUGCGACGAUACCGGAAGAAUACUCGACACAAGAUAGUUCCGCGACCUGAGAAGGACACUACGGAAGAAAGUCCUGUAGUUCCUGCAGUUCCUGGUAGUCGUGUAUCCAGACUAGGACUAGAGGACGAGACUAUUCUCUGGGAGGAGAACUCGUCCUGCUCCUUGUCCCACGAUAACCUUAAGAUUCUCUGGGUGGUGAACUCUGAGAAUUAUAUAUACAAGAGACACAGUCUUAAUAGAGCUAAACAGACUCAUCCUGAUGUUUGUCGACGGAAGUACAAAAAGUUUAAUUCUUGGCACUCCUCCUGGUCCGGUGUUCAUGUGAGUGAGGCGGCUCAGACCACGCACAACGAGUGGAUGAUGGGUCGAGGAGUGGGGCUCGCCUCAAAUAAAACGCAUCGUGUUACAAUCUCAGAUCCUAAUAGAACACCGUAUAGGACAUUUGUCAAGUUUAAGGCCGAGAUGCUGAAAACCACACUCUAGCUCUAGAUUAAGCUCAGCAGCCGGCUCAGAUCUGACUCGAGUUUACUUAGCUUUGGCUCUAUAAGUACUUUUGCUGGGUUCUGGCUCAGAUAUGAUGUCCGGUUAAAGCUCAAAGCUAAAUUUCACCCCGGAUACCGACGUGAGCUGAUCCGAUUAUUAUGGAUAUACCUACUUCUGUUGGAUAUCCUCAACCUCACUGGAUAUCAGCUCUCUUCAGAUAUUCGGGUGUGGAUGGAUAUAAGGUUGUUCUGCUGUGAUAUUGAGCGUUACCGUUUUUCAUCUUAGAUGAAAACGAAUUUGAUCGUUCAACGAUCAGUUUUUAAGAUGCAAACUUGAUCUCUAGACCAAUAGGUUGUUGGCUGAGUUGAUCUCAGAGCUGCCCGGCGGCCGAAUCUUCAGGUCGACCAGCCGGGUGGCUGCCACCAGUGACUAAAUGUAAUGGUAUCGCCGUGACUCACUAAGAAAGGCUGAAAUUGUAAAAUUUAUCUAUGAAGACUCUGACAACCAAAACUGGUGAUUUGUUUUCAUAAUAAUAUAUCGAUGAAUUCACACAAGUAUUAAUUAAUUAAUUGUAACGUAUACUUUCUAUAACUGUUCUCAUUAAAGCGAACUAUAUCUGAA